AGAGCGAGUUCGAGAGGAUCAAACUUCAAAGGAGGAAUCGGGAGUUUUUCGAAAAGAAAACAUCAUUCAUACUGUUGCUUCAAAUUUGUCAGUAAAUUGAGAGAAUAGGGAGUUUUAAGGUCUUCAAUGAAAUCAAUGAUGAUCAGAACUGCGUGAUCAUUUUUAAAUUCCUGGAAGGCUGACUCAAGUGAGAUGUAUUCAGUUUCAAAGAUGUUGGCUCUGAUGAGAGCUUUUCUUCUUUGCUGUAUGCUUAAAUGUGUGUUCACAGCCCAGCCUCCUAAUAUUAUAUUCAUCGUUGCAGACGACCUGGGAUGGAACGAUGUUAGUUUUCAUGGUUCAUCGCAGAUCCUGACUCCGCAUCUUGAUGCGUUGGCAUUGGAGGGGGUCUUGCUAACCAAUUACUAUGUAUCCCCCAUUUGUACGCCAACUAGGAGUGCUAUUAUGUCAGGCAAACACCCGAUACACACAGGGCUGCAGUAUAGCGUUAUCAUAGCAGACCAGCCGUACGGCCUCAGCACCAAUGAGACCAUAAUGCCUCAGUAUCUCCGGCCUUUGGGAUACCGUACACAUAUGGUUGGUAAGUGGCAUUUAGGGUUCUUCAGCAAGGACUAUACACCCAUCGAAAGAGGCUUUGAGUCGACAUACGGAUAUUACCUCGGCCAGCAAGACUACUUCACCCAUGAAGCCCAGGUAGAACAUUUACCGCAGCAUAAAGUGACUGGAUUUGAUUUCCAUGUGAAUGGGUCAGUCUACAAACCCGUUUUCGGCCAGUAUUCUACCGAGAUUUAUACAGAGAGGACGCAGGAAAUCAUUCGCAAUCAUAACCCGCAAGAGCCGCUGUAUAUCUACCUAGCCCAUCAAGCGGUACACAGUGCAAAUUACGAUGGUCAGAGGUUGCAAGCUCCGCAUAAGUACUACGAAAGAUUCCCGAACAUUAAAGAUGAAAACAGGAGAAAAUUUGCAGCCAUGGUCUCUGCCCUGGAUGACUCUAUUGGGAACAUCACACAGACAUUAAAAGAGAGCGCCCUCUACAACAACACCAUUAUAGUUUUUACGACCGACAACGGAGGACCUGCCCACGGGUUCGACGCCAACUACGCCAACAACUGGCCGCUGCGAGGAGUGAAAGACACCACGUGGGAGGGGGGGCUCCGUGGUGCUGGAUUCAUAUGGGGCGCCCUCAUUGAGAAGCCAAAGAGAAUGAGUGAUGGGAUGAUGCAUGUUUGUGAUUGGGUUCCAACGUUGUAUGGCUUAGCAGGUGGGAAUACCAGUACUUUAGAGCAUCUCGAUGGUAUAGAUGUCUGGCCUAUGCUCUCAAGAGGGGAGCCUUCACCUCGGAAUGAGAUCCUGCACAACAUUGAUCCUGUGCGGAAUGUAUCUGCAAUCCGUAUAGGGAAUUAUAAGUUGGUUCAAGGCCAGAAUUACAAUGGCAAGUGGUCCGACUGGUACCCGCCAGAAGGAGAGUCCACUGACAAUUCCUCCGACUCUAACCCUGUUCCGAACGCCUUUGUUGUGAGCUGCCCACCCAAGCCGGAUAAUGCUUCCACGAACUGUGAUCCAUUUCAGCAGCCAUGUCUCUACAACAUCAACGAAGAUCCCUGUGAAUUUUAUAACAUAGCUGAUGAGAACCAAGAUAUUGUUGAUAUACUGAUGAUGAGGAUUGAAGAGUACCGUGAAACGAUGGUCCCUAUUAGGAACAAGAAACCGGAUCCACUGAGCAACCCCAAAUACCACGACAACUGCUGGGUUCCGUGGAGAAACGAUACGGACUCAACACCCGACCAAGGACUGAAUUAUAAUAUUUUACGCCCGGGUCCGUACAGUACUAACGCCAGAAGUCAAAAAGUGGUUAUUAAAGGCAUAGAUUAGUAGUGGGAGAGAUGGGGCUUUUGAGACUUCAAUAAUUUGCCAGCUGGAAUGAAAUUUAGUGCAUUAUGAUCUUAUAUUACUAAUUUGGGAUAUAUUCAGUUUAUUUAACCCUUAGCGUACCGGGGGGGGGGUCAAAUUGACCCCCCUCGACACCACAUAAUUUUUUUUACCGCGCUGCUCUCUUGCAUCUUUUGAGACAUCUUUUGUAGGGACAGUAAUUUUCCAUAAUUAUAGAAAAAGGACGGAAUUUUUAAAAAUUGAAAAUCACAGAAAAUGUAUAUUUUUGAACAGAAAUUACUCCCAAAUCCUCAACGAAAUAUGAAUAUAAACUGGCCACAAAACACGAUCUCACUUCGCUGCAGUCAUCCACACAUGACUGCACUCAUUUCCAUUACUCAAUCGUAUCGAAAACAUUCACAAGCGCAAGCUAUCUGAGCGCGACCUAACAUUUCUCAAUGAAUGUAGAAUAAAGUCAGGAACACGGCCGUGUGUCUGCCUUCUACAUUCGGACAUAACAUCACGAUCGCGAUACUCCUCAUAUUAAAAAUGGUGGAUAGGUGGAAGUCGUGAGCUGUCCAAAAAGUCCCCAAAUUAUCAAUAAAAUCUCAUUCAAACAUAAAAUAAUGCUAAUAAUGUGAAAGGUGAGGAUGUAUUCAUGUUAAUUAUGCUUCUAUAAAUAUUUUUUGUAGUAGUAUAUGUAUCUCUUCGAUAUACAAUAGAUUUAAAAGCAAUGUCAGUAAAGUGGCAGAUACAAAGUUUGACCAGUGCGAGCAUUUUGACAUCACUACUCAUUGCGUAUUUAUUUCCUAUGUAAACGGAAUUGUCACUUUUUCAUGUACAGAAAGUCAAUGGGGAUACAGAAAUUCCUUCUUCAGACAUGCUGAAACGGAAUUAAAGAUUUUCUGAAAAGGCGAUUUUUUGAAAUGGAAAUCACUGUUCCAAUGCCUGUCAGACUCAAAAUUUGCUCCAAGACACGAUUUCAUUUGCAAAGUCAAUUCAAAUAGUAUUUUCCUCAAAAUAUAUUUGUAUGAUUAUUUUUACUUUUGCUGGUUUAAAUGGAUUUAUUUUUAGCUGAUUAUGAUUGCAAUUGGGUUCCUGACAUAGUUCAUCAUAAAAAACAAAUUCACCAAUUCCAAUUCAUGCAAUUUUUGCGACCAUUGCGCGAUCAGCGGUCGAGAUCUGAAGUGUGGUCAGAUUGACCCCUGCCCCCAUUACAACCUGGUCUGAAAUAGCCCGGUUAAAUUAGGGUUAAGCAAAUUGGA